AUGGCUAUUGAUUCCGAUAGUGUUGGGUUUAUCCAGACCGAGCAAGGGAACCAGGACGAACAGACGAAAGACUCUGGCUCAUCUCGCUCAAUUGGCCCAGGUGAUGUUAUUUCGCUCGAUCAAGUGGACCUGGCACUCGCUGCCAAAAUGAACCUUGUCAAUGAUACAAUUGAUAGAAUCGGGUUCACACGCUACCACGCGAAACUGUUUUUUCUGAAUGGAUUUGGGUACGGGGUUGAUUCGCUAUUGCUAUUCCUGAUGAGUAUUUCGGCCGAGCAAGUUGUGGCACAGUAUCCUCCGAAAUUUACAAGGGGCGCACAGCUGGGCUUCUAUUUGGCACUUCUGGUAGGAGCUCUAUUUUGGGGUGGUACAGCAGAUGUCAUUGGGCGGAAAUGGGCAUUCAACUUCUCCCUGCUGAUCAGUGCAGUCUUUGCUAUCACUGCUGGGGCUGCCCCAAAUUAUGCUGUAUGGGCAACCUUUGUUGCAAUUUCGGCGUUUGGAUCUGGCGGAAACCUGGUUCUUGAUACAACGGUUUUCCUGGAGUACCUCCCUUCUAACAAGCAAUGGCUUCUGACCCUUCUAGCGGGCUGGUGGGGUGUUGGCCAGACGGUAGCUGGUCUUGUGGCGUGGGGAUUCAUGGGUAUCUUUCCCUUUCUUGUUCUGUGGGUUCAAGUUUUGUUAACCAAAACGCAGCAAAUUACAGUUGCCCUUUAG